GUUCGUAUAACAUAAAAUUUCAUACGAUGUUAACUCUAUGCUAUAAUUCAUUUGUAGAAUUAGAAUUAGCUAGGAAACAAAAUUUUGAAAACCUAUUUUAUAUAUGGAUAUAUAUUAAUUAAAAUAUGGGAGAUUCGCUAAGGAAUCAGAACAAUAACAAUAGUAAAAGAAAUCCAAUCGUGUUUUUAGAUAUAGCAAUUGAAUCAGAAAAAGCUGGAAGAAUUGUGAUAGAGCUUUUUAAAGAUGUUGUACCUCGAACAGCUGAAAAUUUUCGUGCACUAUGUACUGGAGAAAAAGGUAUUGGAAUCAAUGGCAAAAAGUUACAUUAUAAAGGAUCAAUAUUUCAUAAAGUGUUAUCACAGUUUAUGGUCCAAGGUGGAGAUAUAAUAAAUUUUAAUGGUACAAGUGGAGAAAGUAUAUAUGGAACGCAAUUUGAGGAUGAAAACUUUGUGCUCUCUCAUUCAUCAGGAGGAUUAUUGAGCAUGGUUAAUGAAGGUUAUCCAAAUAGCAACAGUUCUCAGUUUAUAAUUACUGUUUCAGCUACGACACAUCUAGAUAAUACUAAUGUCGUAUUUGGUAAAGUUUUGAAAGGAAUGGGUGUUGUAUUAGAAGUAUCCAGAGCUAAAACAAUUCAAGAUGUACCAGUUCAGAAAAUACAUAUAUUUGACUGCGGAGAGUUGAAACAUAAUCAAAAUUGGGAAUUAGAGGAGAAUGAUGGUACAGAAGAUGUAUUUACCCCAUGGCCAGAAGAUUGGGAUUAUUCUAAAAAUAUUAAAAGACAAGAUUACAAGUAUAUAAUGGAUGUUAUUCAGAAGAUAAAAGAUUCGGGAAAUUAUUAUUUUUUACGAAAAAAUUAUGUAGAUGCAGGCAGGAAGUAUAAGAAAGCAUUACGCUAUUACAAAUGGAUGAUGAAGACAGUAGAUGUACCAGAUUCUUCCAAUGAAUCAAUAGUGAAUACUAAAGUAACUCUAUUACUUAAUCUUGCAGCUGUUAAAUUAAAGCAAAAGAGUCAUCGCGAAGCUUUAAAGCUUUGUUCAGAGGUUUUACAAAUAAAUCAGAAUAACAGUAAAGCAUUAUUUCGUAGAAGUCAAGCAUACAUGGGAUUAAAUGAAUAUGAUUUAGGUUUAGCAGAUUUACAGCAAGCAUUAUUAGAAUCUCCUAAUAAUAAAGAUAUUUUGUUAGAAAUUGAUAAAGUUAAAAAAGUUAUGAAUUCCUAUUUAGUUAUUGAGAGAGCUUCUUGUCAAAAAAUGUUUAAAUGAAAAAAAGUAUUUUAUAAAAAAAUGUAAAUAUAAAAUUUUUUAUAUAUUUAAAAUCAUACAUACACACAUUUUUAUAUACAAUACUAAUGUUGUCUAAGAAACAUUGUAAAGUAAUUGUAUGCGUGUUAGCUAAAAUUAUUUAAAUAUUUUUUACAUAAAAAUAGUACUAAAUUUGAACAUAAUUGUUUAGAUAAAUACUUGUAUUUAUUUUUAGCUUUCUGAUUUAAGCAUUUUUAUUAUCCAAUAACAAUCUUUGUGUAAUGUGUACAAAAGAAACAAAACCAUAGUAUACUGUAAUCACAUAUGUUGGGAAUAUUAUUGUGAACAUUGUUCUGUUAAAAAUAUAUUGUUUUCUAUAUG